AUGAACGUUGCGGAAGGAGAUCUAUUUCACAACACCGCAAACAUCUCUGUCAAAGGGAGGGAUGAGUUAAAUUCCAUUGUCAAUGACACAUAUAUUGAUCUGCCCCAGCGCUACGGUCAAUCUACGUUUAGCUACAGUGGCACUAGCCGUGGUGCUGAAAACCGGGAGAGCUGGGCUGGACAAAGCUGUACUCCAUACACCAUCGGACAGAAUCCAAAGGCGACAGAAAGCAGCGAAGAGCAGACAGCAGACGAAGAAGAUAGCGACGGUCGCUCGGCCGGGAGCGCAAGGAAUCCAGGCAGUGACAACGAGGGCAAACUAAAAAGUUCAAUUGGCAAGAAAGGCAAAGAGCCGCGGUCGCUAAGGCUAAGUAUAAACGCGCGAGAGAGGAGAAGAAUGCACGACUUAAAUGAUGCACUGGAUGGGCUUAGAUCUGUGAUUCCUUAUGCUCACAGCCCAUCGGUGCGAAAACUGUCCAAAAUUGCCACUUUGCUUCUGGCGAAAAACUACAUCCUGAUGCAGGCUCAGGCUUUGGAUGAAAUGAGGCGGCUGGUAGCGUAUUUGAACCAGGGCCAGGCCUUGACAGGACCCAUUCCAUCUGCAGCUGCACUGACUAACACCCUCAGCUCUUUUGGACAGGCUGCUGUUUAUCCAUUCACGGGCACUUCUAUUGCUUCUUGUCCGGACAAAUGCGCCGUGUACACAGGAACACCCUCCAGUCUUUGCAAACAUUGUAACGACAAGCCUUAAUCGAUGUGUCAUUCCAUUCAUCCAUCUGUCCAUCCAUUCACACGUCCAUUCGGUUGUGGAUCUAUAAACCUUUUUUACUCAUUUUGGUUUCUGUAUCGAGUCAACCCAUCUACAUUUUGUCUCCAGAUAGUAUUUCUUCUGCGGGAGUUUUAAGUACUCCCCACACCCACCCCGCCCCCAUAUCGUGGUCCUUACCUGUUUGUAGAAUGUGAUCAUUUGAUAUGAAUAGAUAGAUGGAUAAAUGGUUCAUGAAAGACUUACAUUAUGGAAUAUGUGAGUUACUUUUUACUGUCUUAUAAAUCACUGCACUCCUUUGGGCGUUCAACAGUUGUUAACUAUGCAACAUCUAUACGCCAUGAUCUAAAGAUAUAAGAGAUUGAUUUCCCAUUAAAUCUGGUGACCUGUUAUCACGAAUAAUACUAUUUACGAAGACAAAGGCAUUUAUAUUUCUGCCUAAGUAAAAAAAAUAUAAAGUCUUAUAUUUUGUCAGAUUAACUCUGCGCACAUUUGAUGUCGAUGGGAAGCAUUUCCGUUACCGUUAAGUGAUGAAUGUGCGAAAUCCGCCUUUUAAGGAGAAUGAUUGUAUAUUAAAUUUGAUUAAAUGCCACAGACCCAUGCACUUAAUAGGAGAUGUUUAGGUAAGCAUUAUUUGCGCUGGUGUUCUUCACUAAUCCAUUGAAAAAGCUGUUCUGAUAAAUAUAUUUCCAAAAUCACUUAAAU